AUGGCUCUCAUUGUGCACCUGAAAACCGUCACCGACCUCCGGGGGAAAGGCGACCGUAUCGCAAAAGUGGCCUUUCGAGGGCUUUCAUUUUACACAAGAGUUCUGGAAAACUGUGAAGAUGAGGCACAAUUUGAUGAGACUUUCCGAUGGCCUGUUGCCAGCAACAUUGAUGGGACUGAAAUGCUGGAGAUCCAAGUUUUCAACUACAGCAAAGUCUUCACAAAUAGGCUAAUUGGGACUUUUGGGAUGGUAUUACAAAAAGUGGUGGAGGAAGGACAGCUGGAAGUGUCAGACACAUUAAUAGAUGACAACAACAGCUCCAUCAGAACGUGUGUCUCCAUUGGAAUAAAGUACCAGGCAAUAGAUGGUACUGUUGGAGUUUGGAAUGAAAGAGACUUCUUUGAAAAUCCAAGCCAAAGAGCAGAGCAUGAGGCCACCUUUCAUUUUGAAACGGAUAGUUUACUACCAUUAACACAACCAGAGAGUAAGCCACCAGGCCCUCAAGCCUAUAGGAGGAGUGGUAAAGGAGUUUUCUCAGGAAUGAAGCUGGGGAAAGCACGUCAUUCAAAAGAUGAUCACAAGAAGGAUGAACCUGCUGUUCUUGAAACAGAAGACCUGGACAGAAAAGGCAAGCGGUUUGGAGGAGGAAUGGACCCUGACACCAUCUCACUGGCGUCUGUCACUGCAGUCACCACCAAUGUUUCAAACAAGAGAUCAAAGCCUGACAUCAAAAUGGAACCCAGUGCGGGCAGACCUCAGGAUUAUCAAGUGAGUAUUACAAUUAUUGAAGCAAGGCAGCUGGUGGGAUUGAACAUGGAUCCAGUGGUUUGUGUUGAGAUUGGAGAUGAGAAGAAAUAUACAAGCAUGAAGGAAUCAACAAAUUGUCCCUACUAUAACGAGUACUUCGUCUUUGACUUCCAUGUAUCACCGGAUGUCAUGUUCGAUAAAAUAGUCAAGCUCUCGGUAAUUCAUUCCAAAAACCUCCUGCGAAGUGGAACAUUGGUAGGGAUGUUCAAGCUUGAUGUAGGAACUAUCUAUUCUCAACCAGAACAUCAAUUCUACCACAAGUGGGCAAUACUCUGCGACCCAGGUGACAUCACUGCUGGGGUGAAAGGUUAUGUAAAGUGUGAUAUCGCUGUUGUUGGGAAGGGAGAUAAUAUUAAGACACCACAUAGAUCCAAUGAGACUGAUGAGGAUGACAUAGAGGGGAACUUAUUGCUUCCUGAAGGAGUGCCCUCAGAGAGGCAGUGGGCCCGGUAUUAUGUCAAGGUCUACAAAGCAGAGGGGCUGCCGAAGAUGAAUACCAGCAUAAUGGCUAAUAUGAAAAAGGCAUUCAUUGGAGAAAACAAAGACUUAGUUGAUCCCUUUGUUCAAGUGUCAUUUGCAGGACAAAAGGGAAAGACUUCUGUCCAAAAAAGCACUUAUGAACCAACAUGGAAUGAACAAAUCAUAUUUACUGAAAUGUUUCCACCUCUCUGUACACGAAUUAAAAUCCAAAUUCGAGAUUCAGACAAAGUGAAUGAGGUUGCUAUAGGGAGCCAUUUUGUUGACCUGAGGAAGAUUGCAAAUGAUGGAGAUAAAGGGUUUCUGCCUACUUUUGGUCCUUCCUGGGUGAAUAUGUAUGGCUCCACUCGUAACUACACUUUAAUGGAUGAGCAUCAGGAUUUAAAUGAAGGUCUUGGCGAGGGUGUUUCCUUCAGAGCUCGAUUACUUAUCAGUAUUGGUAUGGAGAUCUUGGACACAACCUCAACAGAAAUAAUGAGCUCCACUGAAGUUCAAGUUGAAUCAAUACCACAGUUAUCAGAUAAUGCUACAGGAAAAAUUGAGGAGUUUUUCCUCUUUGGUGCCUUCUUGGAAGCAACAAUGCUCGAUAGGAGAAUUGGAGAUAAACCAGUCAAUUUUGAAGUCACGAUAGGUAACUAUGGAAACCAAAUCGAUGGAAUAAGCAAGCCAAUAAUUCGUAGGAAAAAAGGUGGAGGGGAUGGUGAUGAGGAGGAAUCAGAGCUUCUCCAGAACUCAAGUGAAGAUGAAGCAACUGAUGAUGGGGACCUAGUUUCUGUGUCCUGCACUCCACCAAUGAAACCUGUGAUUACUGACAGAAAUUACUUCCAUCUACCGUACUUUGAAAAGAAACCAUGCACGUAUAUCAAAAGCUGGUGGCAAGACCAACGAAGGCGACUCUACAAUGCAAAUAUCAUGGACAAGAUUGCAGAUAAACUGGAGGAAGGUUUAAAUGAUGUUCAGGAGAUCAUGAAGACAGAAAAGCCACACCCAGAGCGACGGCUCCGAGGCGUCUUGGAAGAGUUGAGCAAUGGAUGCAACCGUUUUGUGUCACUGGGAAAUAAAGACCAAAAUGCAUUAGGGAGGACAAAGCUGGACAGGGAGCGGCUGAAGACCUGCAUAAGGGAGAUGGAGAACAUGGCACAACAAGCAAAGGCAAUGCGAACCCAGGUGAAGAAAAACACAUUCAAGGACAAACUGAAGCAGGUUCAGAGCUUUCUACAUAAACUUCGCUUUAUGGCUGAUGAGCCUCAGCAUAGCAUUCCUGAAAUUUUCAUCUGGAUGAUGAGCAACAACAAAAGGAUUGCAUAUGCUCGGAUUCAAUCCAAAGAUAUUCUGUACUCGGUAGUAGAUGAAGAAACAGGCAAAGACUGUGGUAAAGUUAAGACAGUCUUUCUAAAGCUACCUGGAAAGAGAGGCUUUGGCACUGCAGGUUGGACAGUCCAGUCCAAAAUAGAGGUUUACUUUUGGCUGGGGUUGAAUAAGCAGCGGAAGGAUUUCCUCAGUGGCCUUCCCAAUGGAUAUGAAGAGAACAAAGCAGUAAAGGGUCCAGGAAUGCAGUCAAUCCCUCCUAUAAGUCUGACCUAUACCAAAAAGCAGCUUUUCCAGCUAAGAGUUCACAUGUACCAAGCCCGCAGCCUGUGUGCCGCAGACAGCAGUGGUCUCUCUGACCCAUUCGCACGAGUCUUCUUCUCCACCCAGAGCCAAUGCACUGAGGUUUUACAGGAGACACUUUGCCCUACCUGGGACCAGUUGCUGGUGUUUGACAACAUUGAGUUGUAUGGUGAAGCACAGGAACUAAGAGAUGACCCUCCCAUUGUGGUCAUUGAAAUUUAUGACCAAGAUACUGUGGGAAAAGCAGAGUACAUUGGUCGAACGUUUUCAAAGCCCGUGGUGAAAAUGGCAGAAGAGGAAUACGGCCCUCCUCGAUUCCCUCCUCAGUUGGAGUAUUAUCAGAUCUAUCGGGGAAAUUCAACAGCUGGAGACUUGCUAGCUGCUUUUGAGCUCCUGCAGAUUCCUGCUUCUGGAAAACACAACCUGCCACCAAUUGACGGUCCAACAGAUUCUGACCGUGGUCCGAUUCUCCCUGUUCCAAAGGGGAUCCGCCCAGUGUUAAGCAAGUACAGGAUUGAGAUUCUCUUCUGGGGUCUGAGAGAUCUCAAGCGUGUGAACCUGGCACAAGUUGACAGACCACGAGUUGACAUUGAAUGUGCUGGAAAGGGUGUGCAGUCUGCACUCAUUCAAAACUACAAGAAAAAUCCAAAUUUCAGCACAUUAGUCAAGUAUUUUGAAGUGGAUCUACCAGAGAAUGAAUUACUUCACCCUCCCCUUAAUAUCCGAGUGGUGGACUGCCGUGCGUUUGGCAGAUACACAUUAGUUGGCUCACAUGCUGUUGGCUCCUUGAGGAAAUUUAUCUAUAGACCACCUGACAGCACAGUUCAGAACUGGGCAAAUGCAGCUACAUUGAUGAAUGGAUACUUGGCAUUGGCAAAUGGGGGCCCAAUCUCUCAUCCUGCAGGCGAUAUCAAUGUUAACGUGGAAACAGAAAUUCCAGUGAAGAAAAUAGAGACGGUUGUCAAGCUGGAUGCUAACUCUGAUGCUGUUGUCAAACUUGAUGCGAAUGAAGAUGAGAAAUCUAAAAAGAAGAAGAAAAAGAAAGGAGAGGAAAUAGAAGAGGAGGAGCCAGAUGAAAGCAUGUUGGACUGGUGGUCAAAAUAUUUUGCCUCCAUUGAAACUCUCAUGGAGCAACUCCGACAGCAGGAAGCAGCUGCAGCCGAGGCAGAGGAGAAAGAGGAUAUGGAGAUCGCAGCAGAGGGCACAAAACCAUCCAAGGGUAAAGAAAAGGCCAAAGGACAGGAGAAAGAGAAGAAGAAAAAGCAGCUGGAAGUGGUUGAAAAGAAGGACAAAGUGAAAAUUGAUGAAUUACGCGUUUACCACAAGGAAUUGGAAACUGAGUUUGGAAACUUUGAAGACUGGCUACACACAUUUAAUCUUUAUCGAGGUAAAAUUGGAGAUGACGACGACAGUACAACAGAUGAUGAACGAAUUGUUGGGCGCUUUAAAGGCUCUGUCUGCGUGUACAAGGUACCUCUACCAGAUGAUAUCGCUCGGGAAGCAGGUUAUGAACCCACGUUUGGAAUGUUCCAGGGUAUCCCAAGCAAUGAUCUCAUCAAUGUUUUGGUCAGAGUGUACGUAGUAAGGGCCACAGAUUUACAUCCAGCUGAUAUCAAUGGCAAAGCAGAUCCAUAUAUCGUCAUAAAACUAGGCAAAACAGAAAUUAAAGACAAGGAGAACUAUAUUUCCAAGCAACUAAAUCCUGUCUUUGGCAAAUCAUUUGACAUUGAAGCCACGUUUCCUAUGGAGUCCAUGCUGACAGUGGCUAUAUUUGACUGGGAUUUAGUGGGUACAGAUGAUCUAAUUGGAGAAACGAAAAUUGAUCUGGAGAAUCGCUACUACAGCAAACACAGAGCAACCUGUGGCAUCUCACAGCAAUAUUCACUUCAUGGAUACAAUGUCUGGAGAGAUCCAAUGAAACCUACACAGAUACUGACAAAACUUUGCAAAGAAGGCAAAGUAGACGGGCCUCACUUCGGACCCGGAGGAAGAGUAAAGGUCGCGAAUAGAGUCUUUACAGGUCCAACAGAGAUUGAAGAUGAAAAUGGGGUGAAGAAGGAGACCGACGAACACCUGUCCCUGAUUGUUCUACAGCACUGGGAGCAGAUACCACGAGUCGGCUGCAAAUUGGUUCCAGAACAUGUGGAAACCAGGCCUCUGCUAAACCCUGAGAAGCCAGGCAUUGAGCAGGGUCGCAUUGAACUGUUCGUCGAUAUGUUUCCAAAGGACCAGCCUGCACCAGGAGCAGCAAUUGAUAUAUCACCACGGAAGCCAAAGAAAUAUGAGCUUAGAGUGAUAGUUUGGAAUACAGAUGAGGUUAUCUUGGAAGACGAUGAUUACUUCACUGGAGAGAAAUCUAGUGACAUUUUUGUCAGGGGCUGGCUAAAAGGGCAGCAGGAAGAUAAGCAGGACACUGACGUGCACUAUCACUCAUUGACUGGCGAAGGCAACUUCAACUGGCGGUUCAUCUUCCCCUUCGAUUAUUUGAUGGCUGAGGAGAAGAUCGUCAUGUCCAAAAAGGAGUCCAUGUUUUCCUGGGAUGAGACGGAGUACAAGAUCCCAGCCCGCCUGACUCUGCAAGUCUGGGAUGCUGACCACUUCUCAGCUGAUGACUUCCUUGGUGCAAUUGAAUUGGAUCUGAACAGGUUCACCCGAGGAGCAAAAACAGCCAAGCUCUGUACAAUUGAAAUGGCCACGGAUGAGUCUUCAUUUCCCAUGGUCUCCAUCUUUAAGCAGAAGAGGGUGAAAGGCUGGUGGCCGUUUGUUGCCAGAAAUGAAAAUGAUGAAUUGGAGCUCACAGGAAAGGUGGAGGCUGAGCUGCACUUGUUGACAGCAGAGGAAGCUGAGAAGAGCCCUGCAGGCCUGGCUCGAAAUGAGCCAGAUCCUCUGGAGAAGCCAAAUCGACCAGACACAUCUUUUAUAUGGUUUCUCAACCCAUUGAAAUCCAUCAAAUACCUCAUCUGCACCAGAUACAAGUGGCUUAUUGUGAAGAUUGUUCUGGCUUUGCUGUUGGUGUUCAUGAUAGGCCUCUUCCUGUACAGCAUGCCUGGUUACAUGGUGAAGAAGCUACUUGGUGCAUGAA